GUAAGAUGAGCGCGGAGGAGUUCCUGGCGGAGGCGCAGGUGCUCAAGAAGAUGAGGCACCCGAAGCUCCUCCAGCUCUUUGCCGUGUGCACGAUGGAGGAGCCUUACUACAUCAUCACGGAGCUCAUGCGUCACGGAUCGCUUCUCGACCAUCUCAGAGGUCGAGGACGCGGGAUGGUCCUCGAGGACAAAGUGUACAUCGGGGCACAGGUGGCCUCGGGCAUGGAGUACCUCGAGAACAAGAAUUUCAUCCACCGGGACUUGGCCGCGAGGAACGUCCUGGUGGGCGACCACAACGCGGUCAAGGUGGCGGACUUCGGGCUGUCGAGGCUCGUCAAGGAGGACGAGUAUCAGGCGCACGCAGGAGCCAAGUUCCCCAUCAAGUGGACAGCUCCGGAGGCCUUGUCCUUUUCCAGAUUCACGACCAAGUCCGACGUGUGGUCCUUCGGGGUCUUUCUGAUGGAGGUCGUCACAUCAGGCGCCGUGCCGUACCCAGGCAUGACCAACGCCGACGUCGUGGAUGCCGUGGAGCGCGGCCACCGCAUGCCGUGCCCCAACGUGUGCCCGCAGCUGCUCUACAACAUCAUGCUGGAGUGCUGGGCGAGGGACCCGGCCAACCGACCCACCUUCGAAACACUGCGCUGGAAGCUCGAGGAUUACUUUUUCCUGGAGGAGACGGAGUACCGGGAGGCGGAGCUGGUGAUGUAGGGCGCGGCGUAGGCGGGCGGGCGUGGUCCCGUGCUGCUUGAUGUAGGCCUAUGGGAGGUGGUGGUGGUGGUUUGGUUUGCGAAGUUCUAGCUUCGCCCGGGCCUUCUAGAUAUGGCCCGGCCUGUGUCAGCU